AUGGUCAAUUACAAAUAUUCCAUCGAACUUGAAGCUAAUAUAGCGGAUCUUUGGUGGACUAUUGAUGAUGUUCGUAAAGAAAUUACAUUUGAUUUGCAUAUAAGAACUACGGGCUGGAUUGCGUUAGGUAUUAGCCCAGGUGGAGGAAUGACAGGUGCUGAUAUAGGAGUCGGAUGGGUUGAUAGUCAAGGACAAGUUAAUUUUCAAGAUCGACAUGCGUCUGGUUUUUUUCGACCAAUGAUUGAUAAUACAACAAAUGAUUGGUUUGUCCUGCACGGUCGAGAAUUGAACGGAUGGACAGCUAUUCAAUUUAAACGUUUGCUUGAUACAUGUGAUUCAAUGGAUUAUCCAAUUAAGAGUGGAACAAAUAUUUUGAUAUAUGCAUAUGGUCUUGUUGAUCCCGAUGAAUCUGAGAUAAACUAUCAUGAAACUCGUCGAGGUACACGUAUGGUUCCACUUCAAUCUUAUAAUCAACCACCAUCGGAUGAUAAAUUUGCUGGACUCGAUUAUUUUGAACUUCGUUUAAACAAUUACAUUGUUCCAUCAAAUGAUACAACAUAUUAUUGUAAAAUUUACAAAGCACCAACGUCUUAUACAACAAAACGACAUGCUAUUGCUUACAAAAUAUUGAUUGAUGAUGAAAAUUCCGAUCUCGUUCAUCAUUUACUUUUACAUGAAUGUAAUCCUUCAUUUACUUUUGAUGAUAACAAUCUUCCUUACGGAGUUUGUGAUGAAAUUAAUGAUAAAAUCGAGCCUUGUUCAGCUAGUAUAGCUACUGGAUGGGCAGUUGGUGGUGAUCAUUUGAUUGAAUUUCCUGAACAAGCUGGAUAUCCAGUUGGUUUGAAUUCUCCAAAUAAAUAUUUUAUGGUUCAAAUACAUUAUGAUAAUCCACAACAAACUUCAAAUCGUCGUGAUAGUACUGGAAUUCGAUAUUAUCUUGGUAAUCAACUUCGUCAGCAUGAUCUUGGAUAUUUAACAUUUGGCACAGUUUCAAAUCUUCUUGGUCUUGCUAUUCCACCAAAAGUCGAAAAAUUUAUAGUUGAUUCUUAUUGUCCAAGUAAUGUCACUCGUACUAUUCCAAAAUCGGGUAUAACACUAUUAUCUUCUUUUCCACAUACUCAUUUACAAGGUGUUAGUUUAUGGACUAAAUUAAUUCGUAAUAAGACAGCUGUUGAAUAUCUAUUUAAUGCUGAAUCAUAUCAUUUUAAUUAUCAAUUUGAAAAUCGUCUAGCAAAACCAAUACAACUUUAUCCAGGAGAUGAGUUUGCUACUCGAUGCAUUUAUAAUACAAUGAACAAAAAUGAAAUUACACUGGGUGGAGAAAAAACAAGAGAAGAAAUGUGUUUACAUUUUUUCACUUAUUAUCCUCGAAUGGAUGAUCUUUCUGUAUGUUACACGAUGAAUACAGUUCAAUCAUUACAAGAUAUAAUCAAUUCUUCAGCACCAUUUGAUUAUUUUGCUGCCAAAAAAUGGUUCCUCGAUUUGAAAUGGACACCAGAAUCGGCUAAACAAUGGCAAGAAUAUUACAAUAAAGCUCCACGUGUAGCAGUUUUUGCUGGAGCAGGACAAUUUGAGGCGGAACCUCUUGAUACUCUACCAGAAUAUCAAGAUUUUAAACCAGUCCAGUGCCAAAAAUAA